UGAAGGCGCACUCGUACUUUGUUUGAGCUAUGACAUGUGUGAAAAUCAAAAUUAUAUUAUUUAUAGUGUUCCUUAAAUCAUUCGCGAUGACGGUGUUUUCUUCUCCGAACGUGGAUCUUUUCGUUCAGGGUAGCCUCAUUCUGUUAAUGGAGGUGUACCUAUAUUUUCAGGAGUUGUACUCUGUGAUGUGUGUAACGACGCUGUUUUUUAUCAUGGCUAUGGGUUAUCGAAAGGCUAGAUGUGGAUCAAGGGCUUGCCUCUUGGUCCUUGGUGAUAUAGGAAGAUCACCACGGAUGCAGUACCAUGCACUCUCAUUGGCGACCGAGGGUUUUGAUGUAGAAAUAGUUGGAUAUGGAGGAUCCAAGCCUCAUGGAGAUGUACUUGUGAAUGACAAAAUUACUUUACACAUAAUGUCGGACCCACCAGGAUUUCUGAGAGUGUUUCCCAGUGUCAUCAGCUAUGUGUCCAAGGUGAUCUGGCAGUCAAUGCAGUUAUACUAUGUGAUGCUAAUCAAACUUCAGUGGCCUUCACAUAUAUUGGUUCAGAAUCCACCAGCCAUACCAACAUUAGCUGUGGCUUGGGUCUGUAGUAGGUUGUAUGGAAGUAAGUUCAUCAUUGAUUGGCAUAACUAUGGCUACAGUCUGCUUGGUCUCUCGUUGGGAGAAAGACAUAUCUUGGUUCGAUUUUCUAAAUGGUUUGAAGGUUUGUUUGGUGGGAUGGGUGAUAGCCAUCUCUGUGUAACGGUUGCAAUGAGAGAGGAUUUGGUAAAGAAGUGGGGACUGAAAAGACCAUUGACCCUCUAUGACAGACCUCCAAAGGUGUUCCAUCAGACGCCUGUGGAGUCUCAGCACAAGCUUUUUAGAAAGUUGGCUGUUGAUUACACAGUGUUUGAUUCAUCCAAGCACAUAAAAAACACCACUGCAUUAACCCAAGAGACCGUGUCUGGAGACAUAAUAAAAAUGGAGAAUCGGCCCGUAUUGAUUGUAAGCAGUACAAGCUGGACACAGGAUGAAGAUUUCUCCAUUCUUCUGUCUGCAUUAGAAAUGUAUGAAGCGGCCUUCAAGAGUGGAAAGAAACUACCAAGAAUAGUGUGUGCUAUUACUGGCAAAGGACCACAGAAGGAGUAUUAUCAAGAUAUCAUUGCUAAAAUGGCACUCCAGCAGGUACAGUUCUGCACACCGUGGCUGACUGCUGAAGAUUAUGCUAUGCUUCUAGGUUCAGCAGAUUUGGGAGUAUGUCUUCACAUAUCAUCUAGUGGUUUAGAUCUACCAAUGAAGGUUGUUGACAUGUUUGGCUCUGGACUGCCUGUUUGUGCAAUCAACUUUCAGUGCCUCGGUGAAUUAGUGAAACACAAAGAGAAUGGGUUAGUCUUCAAUGAUGCCCAGGAAUUGUCACAACAGUUGCAGGAACUUCUACAGGGAUUUCCAAGUCAACAAGAACGUCUGAAAAGCUUCCGAGCCAAUCUACAAUCAUUUCAGACAGAAAGAUGGGAGGAAAAUUGGAUAAAGACUGUACGCCCAAUUUUGUAUAUAUAGUGAGUGAUAAUGAAUAUUCUUGAUCAGUUGGUUUUAAAUCUAUGGGUGCGUUCAAUUAGCAUUCAUGUGUCGACCCCACAGUGCUCUCUCUGGUGAGCCCCUGACAAGAGCUAACGGUACGAUCAUUCACCCUCUCGUGGUGAGGUUAUGUACCUUGGGCCAGCCCCAUGACCUGUUCCACUUGGGGGGGCUGACCCGGGUGAGUCUCUGGAAUGAGAUCAAGCUAUUUGAACGUACAGGGGGCAGACCGGGGGGCAGACCUGGGUAAGCUAAUGGAACGAACCCUAUAUUAAGAAAAAGACCAUAACAUUCUUUGUUUUGUAAGGGAUUUUGUGGCAAUCAAAGCAAUGGUUGGUUUUGUUGGGGUUUUUGUUUUUUAGGGGGGGGGGUGGAUUUAUUUUUUGGAGGGAGUCUCCAAAUGUAGUUUUCUCUUUAAGACCGUCUAGUUUUUGUUCAGAAGGAGUUUUUGUUGCAAAAGCAAAGGGUACCCUGGCAAUUGCUGUGGGUGCCGUGGGGUUGGAGGCAUGAGUCAGCUUUUAGAUUGGACUAAUGAGUUUGUGUUGUUGGUAUUUACCAAUCAUAUUUCUAUUAAAUUAAUUUUAAAAGGAGUGGCCUUGGGCAGCUGUAUAUUGUCACCAUUUUUAUGUAGAGGCACUUCCAUAAAAAUCAUACAUUUUAGAAAACCAGUGUUUUACACAUUUUGGAUGUUGACAUUUUCAUUCGCCGUUUUUUUACAUUGAAGUAAAUAACACUGUCAAGUUGGCAAAAACGAGUUCUCUCUGCACUUUUUGUUUUCGCGAAAAGGCACUUUGUAUGUUUGUUUACACAUUGGUUCGUACACAACCCACUGUAAACGGACCUCGUUCAUGCAGUAGUUGCGAAGAGGCAAUUGUAUUAAACAGGUAACUACUCAUUAUUUAAACUUACUAUUAUGAAAACAACUACAGAUGUGCAUGAUUUAAAAUUCCACCUGUUUGGUAAUGCUUGGUAAAAUGUCCAAGUUGUAUUGGCAAAAAGUCUCUGAAACAGUGAUUUUAAUAAUAGCUUUAAAAUGCUGUUUUCUCCAAACAUGAAAGUUUAGCUACAGUGGCUGAAGUGCAUCUAUGUGGAAAUGGUGAGGAUACUUGUAUGUACUGUUGAUGAAAUUAGUGUGUUAAUUAUUGACUGUCGGCGCUCAAGCCAUGUUAUAUAUGUAUAUUUUUAAAUUAGUCCUCUCAACCACAAACAACCCACCAACAACUUUAAAUAGUUGUUGGUGGUUGUGAGGACUAAAGCCGUGUUAGCACUGGAUUAAUAUUUUGGGUAACUUAACCAUGACGCUGGGUAACAAACGGCGGGUUAACUUCCCCACCGUCCGCACUUGGAUUUAUUUGACUCGGGUAGACUUACCGAGACCGUGGGUAAACUAACCGAGCUGGCCCCCUGCGCAACCUAUGAUCGCACUUUUCAGCUUGAUCUUUCUAAUUAUUGUUAAUCUAAACAAUUCAAUAUCAAAUUCCGGCGCUCCGUUUGUUUUGUUUUUUUACAACUUGAAAAGAAAUAUCUCGCCGCUUCCUUGCUAGGCAAAAAGCAUGUACGCGGCUAGGAAUACCCUCUAAACUAUUUUCUGCACAGUCUGGCUCCAUUAUGUUUUUAUUGCUUGUUGGGUGUGCGGUGCCGGAACCAGACAAAAAGGGACCAAUACUUGGCUAGCUUAAGUACAUGCGAUCUAGCGGUUGUUGACUGCAUUUGCCUAUUACUGCUGUACAAAUCGCCGUCAUAUUGGAACUUUUGAUCGCAACUUCCAAAUGAGUCAUUUCUCUAACUAUAAACCUGUCUACAGGAAAAUUAUUGUCCACGUUUUUCAGCUUAAGAGUUGCAUUCCUGAUUUUUGCUACAUCGAAAAGUUUGAUAAUCACAAAAAUCUUAUUCUUCCUUGACAAAACAUGUCAGCUUUUUCGGGUAUCGGACGGAUGGUGGGAGAUUUACCCGAGUCGUCGUGUCCGCACUGGACUUUCUGGCUCGGUUAAACUGACCCGGUCAAUCUUCCUGGGCACUCGGUCAAUCUUCCUGGGCACCUUUGGCUCGGUUAAACUAACGGCGCGGCGUGGGUAAGUUACCUGUCAGGAAAGUUACCUUGGCUGUUCGCACUGGACUUGAUAUGGGUAAGUUACCUAUUGGCUCGGUUAGUUAGCCCAACUUACAAUGUAAGUCCAGUGCGAACACGGCUUAAUUGGCAGUCUGUGUGAGCCUGUCUAUCCUUGAAACUAAAACGGCCCCGGAUGGUUUGAUAGACAGAAGAGAGGAUGCCGCCAAAAAAACACUUGGUCCAAGCAAUGGGAUAAUGAAGAGAAGUCUUUGAUAUCCAGUACCUGGUCAACACAUAUAAUAAUAUUAAUAUUAAUAACAAUAUAUUUAACAUUACUUUGGGAGAUUAAUCUCCCUUACUCACAACCGCUGAAUUGCGAAGGACACGGCUGCCAGCCACAUAGAACUAAAUACAUCAAAUAGUGGGGGG